AUGGCCAAUUUUCUUAAGAUUGCUAGCCGUGAUAGCAGCAAUGAUGGUCUCACCACUCCCAUGGUUGACCUGCUGAUCGCGCUCCUGGUGCUGAUCUUGAUCGCGCUCGGCCUUGUCGGUGGACUGCUGAUCCUCCGCCGCAAGCUCUACAAUGGCCAAGCUCCCGCCCACCAACGCCGAUUAACCAUCACAACCAACAAAUCCGACUCAAUUCUUGUCAUCGAUGAAAAACGCAGCCUCAUGGAGAACUCCGAUAGCCCACCGCCCAGUCCUGUCCCAGAGAUCCGCAUCACUUUCCCCGAGGAGGAAGAUGCAUCUGGAAGACGCAAGUCCGGCCGCUCCGUCGUCGUUCGAAUCAGCGACGCCGGCAGUGUCGGCUUGGAACCCUGCAAUGAUGACCUACCGCCGUACCAAAGCAGUGACAGCGAUCGCUUCCAGUCCCUUGAUAUCGAGCGCAUGGGUGGAUUGAAAGAGAAGAGUGAUGUGAACCAUUACUCUUAG